AUCUUUAGUGAAAAUUCUGGCUUUGCCCCUCGAACCCUUCAAAGCUACUCAUAUCUGUCGUCGGUCCGCCUAUCACUCGCAAAGAGCCGACCCAUUGCGAUCGAUACCUUCUUAGAGCGCACUCUUUUGUCUCUCUUGAGUUUCGCCUCCAACUUUGGCACUCAUCUGAAAUCCGAUGUUCAAAACCAAACCAGCGAGAGCGACAAAUUGUUUCUCAUAUUAACCAAAAAAAUAAAAAAAAAACGAUGAGAGAAGCCUUAUUUCGAUGUGUAUUGCUAUUUGUUUGUUACGUUAUUCAAUUAACUUCGGCUACUGUUGUUCUGAAACCCUUCUUCUUUUCCUUUCCAGACCUUCCCGCCAAAUUUGCUGUGGGACUCAAUAGGUCUGGCAUAUGUGGAGCUUUGCAAGUGGCGAAUCCGCUAGAUGCUUGUUCUUCGCUGCACAAUCGUUUUGGGUUCAACGAAACUGAGCAAGUAAGAAUCGCUUUGAUUGAAAGAGGUGAAUGCCCUUUUGAGAAUAAAAUUCGAAAUGCUCAAAAUGGGGGAUUUCGUGCUGCAAUUGUCUAUGAUGAUAGAGAUAAGAGGAAUUUGGUUUACAUGAUGAUGAACCCUGAGGGCAUCAAGGUGCAUGCUGUUUUUGUUUCUAAGCUAGCUGGUGAAAUUUUAAAGGAGCAUGCUCGAGGGAAAGAAUCUGAAUGUUGCAUUUACCUGUCUCAUAGUGAUACAGCGUGGACCGUUUUAGCAAUAUCGUUUCUUUCUCUUCUUGUUAUAUUAGCUUUCCUCAUAAUAGCCUUUGUCAUGCCCAGACACUGGCCAAAUUGGCAGCGAACACAUUUUCACUGCAAAAUUGUGGAUGUGCGGAUGCUGGAAGGCCUUCCCCGCUUCACAUUCCACUCCACUCAUUUGAAUUGUAAUCACAGUGGGGAAACUUGUGCUAUUUGCCUUGAGGAUUACAAAGAUGGGGAAAUUCUUAAAGUUCUUCCUUGCCAACAUGAAUUUCAUUCAAGCUGUGUGGAUUCAUGGCUGACUAAGUGGGGGACAUUCUGCCCAGUGUGCAAGUUUGAUAUGAAAAGCAAAUUUGUAUAUUCUGAGAUCAAGAGGGGAAUCUGGCUUCAGAAUCAAUCUUCUGUUUAUCUGGGAGGUCCUUUUGAACAGCAUUUUAAGUGUCUAACUCGUGUCUACGAAGUGCACCGUAGUCUUCCCAUAGAAAAUGAAUGGGUGCAACAAACAGCAGCAGUUGCCGCUCUAAAUCAGCCCGCACAUAUACCAGCAGCUGGUUUUCUAAGGCAAACCCAGCAAACAGCCACCAGAUCUGGAACCAAAAUUCAACUGAUACCUAAGUUUUGUGUAGGAUUAUUUGAUAUGGGUUUUUAUCUGGGUUUGAUCUCUUGUGGGUUGUUUCUUCUCCUUCUGAUAAAUUAUAGCUCAGAAGCUGAAGUCGUCACUGUUGAUGUUAAGGCAGCCAAGGGUCUUCUCGAGUCUGGUUACGUUUAUGUGGAUGUUAGGAUGGUGGAGGAGUUCAAGAAAGGGCAUGUACAUGCAGAGAAGAUAUUCAACGUUCCUUACAUGUUCAAGACUCCAGUAGGAUGGUUGAAAAAUCCAAAAUUCUUGAAGGAGAUUUCAGCUGUUUGCAAGGAGGAUGAUCAUCUUGUUGUGGGCUGUCAAAGUGGAGGCAGAUCUCGGCAUGCAACUGCUGAUCUUCUUAGUGCUGGUUUCAAGGAUGUGAGCAACAUGGGAGGAGGUUAUCUUGCUUGGAUGGAUAAUAAGUAUCCCCUAAAAGUGGAAGAGAAUGUUGGAAGAGGCUUCAUCUGCUGCAAUAAAGAGUUUUAAGAAGAUAAAGUGCAUAAUAAAACUUUCUUCUGCUUCUUUUCCUUAGAAAACCAACAGAGGAGGAAAAAAAAAAAAAAAAACUGAGCUCUGAUCUAUAUACAGAGCUACCAUGACUAUCAUUAUUUUUUUUGGCCAAAUAUUAUUUCCAUGUAUGUAACUAGAUAAUUACGGGAAAGCUGUAUGUGAUAAAUGACACUUUCAAUGCAGGUAGCAGCACGGAUGCCCUUUUAUAAUGUAAA